AUGAAAAAAUGGAUGGAGGAAAGGAUGAAUGGGUGGAAGAAGGAGAAGGCGGAGCUAGAGAAAAGGAUUAGGAAUAUGGAAGAGGAGAUAAAAGAAUAUAGGAAGAAGGAGAAAGAGGAGAUAAAGGAGGAUAAAGGGAAGGGAGAGAAGAGAGAGGAAGUAGGAGGGGAAAAGAAAGAUAGGAGAUGGGAAGAGAUAGGAAAAAGGGUGAAGAAGAUGGAAAUAGAUGGAGAGAAAAAGGAAAGAGAAGAAAGAAAAAGAAACGUUAUAAUAAAAGGGAUAAAGGCGAAGAAAGAAGGGUGGGAAGGAUUAAGGGAGGAGGUAGAAGAGAUAGUGAAGGAAACAGGAGCGAAAGUAAGAAUAGAAGAAGUAAAGAGAGUAGGGAGGAGAAAUGAAGAAGGUAAAGAAAUUGUAAUGGUCAGGUUCGCAAGCGUAGGAGAGAAAAUUGAGGUGAUGAAAGGAAAGAAGAAUUUAAGAGAAAGAAACGAAUGGAUAAGAGACGAUUUGACGGAAAAGGAAAGGAGAGUGGAGUGGAACAUUAGGAGAGAAGCGGAAGGGAAAAGAAGGGAGGGACUAAGGGUAAGGGUGGGAUAUAUGAAAAUGUGGGUAGAGGGGAAACUAUGGAGGUGGGACGAGGAAAAGGACGAGUUGAUAAAGGGACAGGAGAUAGGAAAUAGAAAAGAAAGAGAGGAGAAAGAGUUUUUCUAG